UAAUACAAAAACAAAACAAUCAGAAAAUUUUUAUUUAAUGCCGCAGUAUAUUAUUGAACAUACGAUGACUAAUGAAGCAAGCUCACUAGAGACUCAUUUAAACUCAAUAUCAGUGGUAGAGGUGUACGAUUUAGCCAGUGAAAUCGGUAGAGAAUGUGAAAGAAUCAUCGAAGAAUAUGGAACAGCAUCGGUAUCAAACCUAAUACCUAAAGUAAUAAAUGCCCUAGAAAAACUAGAAAAACUUGCAUCACAAAAUGAACGUGAAAAUUCGUUGCUCGAAGAUCUAAACAAUAGAAUUCAAUGUUUGGAAACAGAAAAAAAUGAAAAGGCCGAAUAUCGUAAACGUUUUGAAAAGGAAUUAGAAUCUAUCGAAGAGCAAUGGCGAAGUGAGUCACGUGAGCUUUUGACGCUUGUCAACCGACUACAAGAUGAAAAUCGACGUAUGCAGAAACAAAUCGCCACAACUCCAACAGGUAUAAUUUCAGAGAGUCCGUCGAUACCAUCACCCAGUCACCAAACAAAUGAGGCACAAAUUGUUCAAUCAUUAACACUCCAACUUGAAAAGCACCGUGAUGAAUUAAAAACAAAGGAUCGUGAAAUUAUCGAACAAAGUACAGAACUGGAUCAACUAACGGUGCAGUUGGAUCGGUUAAAAAAUGCAGGACGUGAGUCACGUAAACGCCAAAAAAUUCUUCAAAUGCAAAUACGAACAUUGUGUGAAGAACGUGCUGAUUUUUUGGCUCAAAUGCAGGAUCAACAUCGAGAAAUUGUUACUUUAAAGCAACGACUUGGAAUUGCGGAGAAAGAAAAUGAAGACUUAAUUUGUGGAAAAGAGGAAGACGAUAAGCCUAGAUUUACGACAGCAGAAUUAAAAGAGGUACUGUCUGAAAGAAAUGAAUUAAAACACAGAAUCAAUGACUUGGAAGAAGAAUUAGCAGCAUGUAAACCUUUUUCUGAUAAAAACGAAUCGGUAGCAUUCAUUCCUAAUGAAGAAGAGGAGGAUGGAGAUCGCCCAGUGCAAGUAUGUUUACGUGGCCCCCUGCCUUGUGACCCAGAUGACGCCCCUUGGAAAAAAACAGAUUCUGACACUGGAAUAAGGAAAUUCUUCAGAAAACUAUUUUCUGAGGGAAGCACCGUUGGUUCCGGUGAAUCGUUUUCCCGACGGUCUUUUUCACAAUUGUCGAAAAUGGCUUUGUCCUCUGGCUCUCAUGGAGAUAUGAACAUGUAAAACAUUUAUCAACUUAUUAAUAUCUCAUAAUCACUAUGAAAGUAUUUGGAGCUGGAAGCCAAGUAUUUUCAUAGUAAGAAAAUUCAUGUUAGGUACUACACUAACGGUAUAAACUUAACUAAAAACCAUAUACUUUGUUUUAGAAAAAAACGUUAGAGUUGAAUAUAUUAAUCAAAUGAACAUUGAAAAACUGUUACACAAAUUUAAAAAAAACUGAACACUUAUAUAUCUAGAUUGAAAUGUUUAACAUUUUCAAAACUUUUGAAUUAAUUUUAAUCUACUAGUCAUAUAUCAUAUAUCCUUCAAUAAAGAACAAUAUAGAUUACAUUAAUAAUAAUUAUUUAUAUAAAUAUUCAAAUGAGAAUCAAUACACAUACAGUUUAAUUUAAAAAUAUCCGUAUUCAAUAUUAUAUAUUUUGUUAGUCAAUAAUGUAUGUAUGUAUUCAAUCGUUCUCGCAAUCGAAAAUUUGUAAACAUUAAAACAUUAUCAAAGAAACAAGAAUAUCACAUUUCCUCGGAAACCUUAUGUUAAGAUUGAGCUUCCAAUGCGAAUUUUAAAACUAUUUUUAUUUUUUUUUUGCGCAGAUGUAAUAAAUUUAAAAGACUAAAAAUUAAUAAUGGAAAGUUUUGAUUCAAUAUAAAUAACAUUAUUCUACAAUAAAAUUAAAAAUCAAUUUUAUUGUAAACACAGAUCGAUUAUAUUUUAAGGGAAACAUUCAUAGUUUUAGCUUGUUUCAUCCUUCUUUUUAUUUGAUUUAUAAUAAUUAAGUAUCAAAAUUCCACUAAUGAAAUGAUACACUUAUCAGAAAUUGUUAAAAGAGGGUCGUUCCAUUUUUAAGCGUCUUUCCGAAGAUCAAAAAAAGAAAUGAGAAAUUCCAUUCUAACAAAUACCAAAUCUUUUU